CUCAAGACACCAUAAUAAACCAAGCACCAUCACCACCACCAUGAAGGCCAAAACCACUGCCAUCUUUUGGUUCAUCUCCUUAGUCAUUGCCCUUCUUUCCAUAAUUCUUGCUCUCCAUUGCAACCACUCUUCCACUUCUUCUACGAUCGCCAUCAACACUCAAACUAGAUUUGAACUCGGUUUUCUCAAAAGGGUUUUCAAGCAAAGUGGGAUUGAGGACUUCUUCUCUGUGUUAGAGCCUAUAUCCCGGAGAAGGUCAAGACACCAUCACCACCGGAGGAGGCAUAAGGCGACAUGUGAUGAGACCAAAUGGAAGUCUAGGCUCAGGCCAGUGUAUAGUGUUUCACUUGUCUUGACAGUUGAUUUGAAGGGUUGCGCUAAUUUCAGCAGUGUGCAGAAGGCCAUAGAUGCUGUGCCUGAUCUUAGCCCAACCAGGACACUCAUUAUAAUUGAUUCAGGCACAUACAGGGAGAAAGUUGUGGUGAACAUUAACAAGACAAACUUAAUAAUUCAAGGCCAGGGGUAUCCCAACACAGCCAUUGCUUGGAAUGACACUGCUAAUUCGACAGGAGGCACUGCCUACAGCUCUACGGUCGCCGUCUUUGCUCCCAACUUUAUCGCUUACGAUAUUAGCUUUCAGAAUACAGCUCCGUCGCCUAACCCAGGUGAAGUUGGGGCACAGGCAGUGGCACUUAGAAUUGUGGGUGAUCAAGCUGCAUUUUAUAGGUGUGGAUUAUAUGGAGCUCAAGACACACUGAAUGAUGAUCGAGGAAGGCAUUAUUUUAAAGACUGUUUCAUCCAAGGAUCCAUUGAUUUCAUUUUCGGAAAUGGUAGAUCACUCUAUGAGGGCUGCACAAUAAACUCCAUAGCCAAAGAAGUUCCGGCGGGGGUCAGCGGAGCCAUCACAGCUCAAGCGAGGAAUUCGAUGACCGAGAUAACAGGUUUCUCCUUUGUGAAUUGUAGCGUUGGUGGCAGUGGGAGAGUGUGGCUUGGACGAGCUUGGGGCUCCUAUGCCACUGUGGUGUUUUCCAAAACUUACAUGUCUGAUUUGGUAGCUUCCGAUGGCUGGAAUGAUUGGAGAGACCCCUCUAGAGACCCGACGGUUUACUUUGGAGAGUGCGAGUGCUUUGGACCGGGAGCAAAUUACACAUAUAGGGUGUCAUAUGGAAAGCAACUAAGGCAAUUUGAAGCAGCUCCUUACAUGGAUGUGUCAUACAUUGAUGGAUAUGAAUGGCUUCUUUCCCCUCAAAACAGUUCAUCUGAUCUUCAUGUGUAUCAUAGGCACAAUGAGUUCAUUGAAAUUUACUGACAUUUUUCAACGAACUCAUAUAGUACUGUGAGAUACUCAGAAUAUAUGUGAGUUGAUAUUAUAUUAGCCUCACUCGUACGAUUCACGAGAUUUAUAAUAUGC